AUGGCGGUGGUCGGGCGCGAGGACGAGGGCGACGGCGACGGCGUGGCAAGAAGAGGAUGGUGUCGCGCGGCCCGUGAGAACCCAGACGGGUCGAGCUCAGCGAAGGCACGGUGGUCCCAGGCGAGUUGCUACAGCUACAAUUGGGCGAGCCCGCCCCACGCGAGAUCGAGAAGGGAGCGUGGACUCACCGUCGGCGGGUGGACGGCGGUGCCCGGUGCCGGCGAGUGGCGGGCGGCGCUUUUCAAUACUAUCUAUGGAUAUCGCUUUGUUUACGCUGCCAAAUGCAUGGCUUAUGGCAGUGGCAAAGAAGAUAGCCCUCUCUGUGACGUACCAGGUUUUGAAAACUGUAGGAUGAAACUCCUGAGACAUGUUUCAUUUGUUGAUUGCCCGAACAAGAUUGAUCUUAUCCAGGAAAGUGCAGCAAUGAACCAGCAUGAAGCAAUCCAGAAAUUUAUACAGGGAACAAUAGCUCAGGGUGCUCCUGUGGUGCCAAUCUCAGCACAGCUGAAGUACAACAUUGAUGUUAUCUGUGAAUACAUUGUGAAAAAGAUUCCUAUACCAGAGAGGAAUUUCACCUCUCCUCCCAACAUGAUUGUUAUUCGCUCUUUUGAUGUGAACAAACCUGGUUCAGAGGUUAAUGAUAUCAAGGGUGGAGUAGCAGGUGGCAGUAUCCUCAAGGGAGUCCUGAGGGUGAACCAGAAAAUCGAAGUGCGCCCAGGCAUUGUGAUGAAGGAAGAAAGUGGCAGAAUCAAGUGCACACCCAUCUACACGAGGAUCGUGUCCCUGUAUGCUGAGCAGAAUGAGCUCCAGUUUGCCGUUCCUGGGGGCCUAAUUGGAGUUGGAACUACCAUGGACCCGACACUGACUCGUGCUGAUAGGCUGGUCGGUCAGGUCCUUGGUGAAGUUGGAUCGCUGCCUGAUGUUUACAUUGAGUUAGAGGUGAACUUCUUCCUCCUCAGGAGGCUGCCGGGCGUGAGGACAAGUGGAACUGAAAGGGCAAGCAGGGUCUCAAAGCUCACCAAGGGUGAGAUCCUGAUGCUUAACAUUGGAUCGAUGUCUACAGGAGCCAAAGUUGUCGCUGUCAAGAAUGAUCUUGCUAAGCUAGCGCUCACCGCUCCAGUAUGCACCAACAAGCUCGAGAAGCUGGCCCUCAGACGGCGCAUUGAGAAGCAUUGGCGUCUCAUUGGCUGGGGCACAAUCCAGGCUGGCAUUACACUCGACGUCCCACCGUGCCCGCUCUAA